CUGUUUAUAAGCCACUGUGGUGGGAACUUCUGGGCAUCGGAAAAUGGAAGGUAGAGCUGGUAAUGUUACGCCAAGAUCAAGUGCCUUGACCUGAAAGUGAAACUAGGAUUUCACAAGAAAAUAUCCCUGCGAGUUGAUUCGAACUCUAUCUUCAUAAACAAACAAGAGACCUUGAAGAGCAAAACUGGAGCUUCUUUCUCAUCAAAACCAGUGUACAAAAUUUGCAUUGAGGAGGAAAAUUGUGAAGAUGAAGAUCAAUGUUUCCAUACAGAAAUAAAAUAUUGAGUAAAUGGUGUUUUGCAUGUAGCCUUCCUUAUAUGUAGAUAAAAUCUCAGUAAUCGUUCUCCCAUUCUCACUGGCCCUCGCUCUCACUCUACACUGACUACUUCGGAAACAUCACGGUGUCUACUCCUCUUCAUCGCCGUAAAACCUGGAGGAGCAGAAAGUUGAUGCGGCGGCGACGCUUCCAACACGGCGUCUUUCCAAUCUGUAGAGAGCGAGAGCCUGAAUGAGAACAAGAGAGAAUGAGGUUAUUUCAGAUUUAGGGUACUUUUUCUCCAAAGGGCCUGAAUUAUUUGCCCCCGACCCCCGCCUCUCGGCUCUCGAAGGUUUUUGCAGGGUUUGUCUGGUAACUUGAUCUGAAAAACAGAUGCAAACUGGUAAAUCAGUAUAUUCAUAAGAUCUUUUAACAGAUUUUGUGAUUGUCCGCCAAGAAAGCUACCAAAAAUAAAUCAAAUUAGGAAAAGCCAAUGCAUUCAAUGAACUCCGGAGUGUCCAAGCUAAAACCCUAACUUCUCCCUAACACUAUUGUCCUAUCUGUGAUCGCCACGUCAGAUUAGCGCCAAAACAACAGAGUUUCUUUUCUUACUGGAAACACAGACAAAGUGCUGUUAACGGUACUAAAAUCAACAAAAUCUUUAAAAAAAAUCAAAAAUUUAUCAUCGAUCAAUACUCUGGUUCUAAUAAGGAUUCAUAAUGCCAUAAGAAUUCGUAUUUCCUUCCUGUAUAUAUACGUUAACAAACAGCCCUAAAUCAAAACUCCAUUAAUCAGACGCCCAAAUUUUUUCUUUCAAUCUCUGUUUGGCUGUUCUGGGUUUUUGAAUACUUGUUUUGCUCUCUGGGUUUGAUUCAUUGUCUUAAUUUCUCCAAUUUCUGCUGUUGAAGAUUUGUUUUUGAUUUCUGGGAUUGAUUCAUACUCGUCUCAAUUUCUGCUGUUGAAUUAGAGAAGAAAAGAGUGAUGGAAAGAAAACUUCAAAUUGAGGAUUUGAAAAACAUGGGAGAUGGGUCUUUUGAAAAGAUGCAGGAAGAGGCAAGAAAACAUGCUGGAGGGGAUACUGAAAAGGCUACAAUUAUAUUGGAAGAGAUGGUGUUGACAGAUUUUCUCUCAAGCAGAAGGAAUACUGAAGCCACAACACACAGAUCAGAGACAGAGUCUGUUGGGGUACAGAGGAAGGAGAGAGACCCUAAAAGUUUCUCAAUCAAUCACACUAAGAAAAAAUUAUUUGAAGAAACAGAGUUGGUGGAGAAAGACAGUAGGAAACUCAUCAAGGGGAAGAGGGUUUGUUCUUCGAGUGAUGAGCAAGAGAAGAGGAUAGCCAAGAAGCCAAAGACUACCAACAAAGAGAUAAUUGAUCCACCACCAGAGUUACCUGACGAAUUCAAGAACAUAAUUCAAGAGAUGAAUGGCACUGAUCCAAAACUAUUGAUACAGAAGCAAGUCCAAGAGACGGACUUGGCAACGCAUCAAAGGCGUUUUGCGAUUCCAAGGGGAGAGCUCAAGACUACAGAGUUUCUGACUAGAGAAGAGCAUAUGAUUGUUGAUAGACAACCAAAAGGUGACUCCAUUGAACUCACACUGCUGGACCCUGCUCUUCAAGAAUUCGAAGUUCACUUCAAGAGAUGGAAGAUGGGGAAUUCUUUCACAUACAACUUGACCACUGGUUGGUUAAAGGUUCUAGAGAAUAAAACUCUAAAGGUAGAUGAUUGGAUUCAGCUUUGGUGUUUCCAGAGGGACUCCAAAAGCUGUCUUGCUCUCGUUAAUUUGACUCGUGGUGGCCGGAGACAAGUAGCAAGUUCUAAUGGCAGCUCUGGAUGUGAUGGAGAGGGUACAAGUUCUGGUGGUGUGAGUUUGAUCACUCAAGAAGAACAUCAGCAGGGAUGUUGAUACUUCAGAGUUCCA